CCAUCUGGUUUCAACAGACAGUCGUGUUUGCAACGAUCUAGCGAGCGGUUGUAGAACUUUUUUACGAGAGAAAGGAACUGGGGAACCUGAAUCCAGAAUCGUUAGAAACGCGGCCAGAUUAUCAGUAAGGAGCAGAGUAACUAGGACACACAGUACCUCCAGCCAAAAUGAGCCAGAGCCAACUGAGCACAGAGCAACUGCUCUUCGAGGAGAAGCCACUGUAUGUGCCCCCAUUGUCGGAGUUGCAGAAAGUUAUACAGGGUGCCUUGACGGCCAACUUUGCCCAGGUGGAUGUGAGUGUGGGUCCCUGUCCGGAUCUCAAGGAAAAGAAGUUCAGCCUGGUGGAGAGUGGACUGGGUGGCAAACCCACUCUGCUGGAGGCCGGUGGUCCUCCCUUCCUGCUGCCUUUAGUGCAGCGUGAUAAGCUCUACAACAUUGCUGAGAUUACUAGGAAAAUCCAGGGUCCUGGCAAGAUUUUCGCAGUGGGUGCGGGUGCAGGUCCCUGGCCCAUUCGAGGAUCCAACUGCGAGGGCAUCUUCAAUCUCUCGGUGAGCGAGAAGAAUGAGCUGACCAAUGGCAGCUACACAGCCACUGUGAGAGGCGAGGAGGAGAAGUGCGUGCUGGAGAAGAUUCCCCACUCGGAACCCCGUUGCGCUUUGCUACUCAAUCUCUUCCUGAGCCAGGGAAAACCAGGUCAGGUGCUCAAGAUCACCGCUAAACAGAGGACUGGCGAGCAGAACUUCAUCGAGUGCAUUAGGAAGGGUCUGGAGAACCACUAUGGCGAUAAGGUGGUGGGUCUGGGAGGCAUCUUCGUGAUCAAGAAGGGUGCCGCCCACCAGCACGUGAUGCGGGACUUCAGCAAGACCCCCAUAAAUAGUGAUGAGGAGGUGAACGAGUGGCUCAAGUUCUACGAGAUGCCCGCCCAGCUGAAUGCCGUGGGCACUCUGGUGACCAAGGAGCACGACCUUGACCUUCGCCUGCAGCACUUCCACUCCUUCUCCUUCGAGAACUGGGGAGGUCACUACCAUUACGACACCACGCCCGAUAUCGUGGAGUACGAGGCGUAUCUGAAUGUGGCCGAGAGGGUAGUUCGAGUGGACAAACCAGUGGCCACUCACAAGGUGGGAAGGGAUUAGAUCUUAUCUUCUAUAGUAUCUAGUUGUAGACGACUUUUCCAUUGCCUU